GGUGCAUUUCGGCGCAGCCACAUCCGUGCAAACUGGGUAGAAAUCGCGCUGCCGUCAUUGACAGGGGAUGAGACAAGUUUUCGAGGUGGGCUUCAUGCGUAGCCAUCUCUUUGUCCAUCGUGCUCUGGUACCGCUUGGUGUAAGGUCAUGGAUUUCCCAGGCCACUUUGACCAGAUCUUCCAGCAGCUGAACUACCAGCGCCUGCAGGGGCAGCUGUGCGACUGCGUGAUCGUGGUGGGCAGCCGGCACUUCAAGGCCCACCGGUCGGUGCUGGCGGCCUGCAGCACACACUUCCGUGCCCUCUUCACGGUCGCCAAGGGCGACGCCAGCCUGAGCAUGAUCCAGCUGGACAGCGAGGUGGUGACGGCCGAGGCCUUCGCCGCCCUGGUGGACAUGAUGUACACCUCCACGCUGGUGCUGGGCGAGAGCAACGUGAUGGACGUGCUGCUGGCCGCCUCGCACCUCCACCUCAACGCCGUGGUCAAGGCGUGCAAGCACUACCUGACCACCCGCAUGCUGCCCGCGUCCCCCCUGGGGCGGAGGACACCCAGCAAUCCUGUGGAGCCCCAGCAGCGGCAGGACGCCCCGCCCGCCUCCGGCUCCAGGCUGCAGCGUUCCUUCCUGUUGCAGCAGCUGGGCCUCAGCCUGGUCAGCUCGUGCCUGGACGGGGCGGACGAGGGAGCGGGAGAACGGGGCGGUCAGGUAGCGGGCGGGGCGGUGGAGCAGCGCGCCUCCUUCCCCAUCCGCCGCUUCCACAAGCGCAAGCCCUCCCUGCCCCUGGCGGCCCCCUCCGACCGCCCCGUGCAGCGGCCCCGGCCCUCCGACGCCCCCGAGGAGCCUCCGGAGGUGAGGGUGGGGCCCGCUGACGGCGGCGAGGGAGGUGGGGUCUCCCCGGAUUCCCGCAAGGUGAGCGACGGGCCCAGGCUGGACGUGGGCGUGGCUGAGGACAGUGGCACACAGCAGUGCAGAGCAGGAGGGGCCCAGGAGGAUGAGCAGAUGCCCACACAGUCUGACAGCGCCACAGAGGGGGAGCAGGUGGGGCAGGGAAAGGAGGAGUACCCCGACGGCCAGCAGCGGGGAGAAGGGGUCUGUGCCAAAAUGAAGAAGGGGGCCGAGGAGGAAGAGGAGGAGGAAGAGGAGCAGCCACAGAUGCGGGUGGUGGUGAAGAGCGAGCCACUGAGCUCCCCUGAGCCGCCGGAGGAGACCAGCGACGCCACCUCCCAGGCGGAGGGCAGCGAGCGGGUGCCCGGCGCCGACAAGGUGGAGCUUAGCCCUGGGAGCAGCGACCGCAGCUUCUCGGACCCCCGGCCAAGCUCUGACCACGUGGAGGAGGGGAGGCUGCGGGGGGGCGGGGCAGGAGGCGGGGCUGCCAAUGGGGGAGGAGGAGCUGGAGGAGACAGGGGCGGUCCGACCUGCAGAGGGGGGCUGGACUCCAAACAGGGCUUCAGCAUCUCCAGCUUCCUGGGUGCCAAGGGUUUUGGGGUCACGACGGGGGCCGACAGCACGCCCAACACAACCGGCGCUGAGUGCAGGCUGGACCUUAUGAGUCCGGAGUCCAUUAGCGGUUCUGGCUCCCUCCUAUCCCACCCACACCAGCACCUCCUCUCUGAGGACAUGCACGCGUUUGCUGACCUCCACGCAGACUCCCUCUUCCUGCGGCCCAUACAGGAAGGGUUUGGGUACCAGCAGUCCGGGGCGGACCAGUUUGCCCUGGACUUUCACCGGUCGAGCCUGGGCCUGCACUCUCUUGCCCGCCCUCCCAGAGGAGGCGUGGUCGGCCUGGGGUUCCCCGGGUACCACCGAAUCAUGCCCAAAAUGCCUUUGGAUGUAGGAGGAGUGUCAGGACGAGCAGGUGCCGCUCAGCUCCAGGACGCCUCCUCCUCUUCCUCCUCCUCUGCAGCAGGGGGCGCCGUCCACCUAAACGGGGUGGGAUUUGAGGGCGUGGCCGGGCAGCACGGGGCCCCCAUGGCCGCGCCCCCUCAGCUGACGAGGGCCUCGGCGGACGUCCUCUCCAAGUGCAAGAAGGCGCUCUCCGAGCACAACGUCCUGGUGGUGGAGGGUGCGCGCAAGUACGCCUGCAAGAUCUGCUGCAAGACCUUCCUGACACUGACGGACUGCAAGAAGCACAUCCGCGUGCACACGGGCGAGAAGCCCUACGCCUGCCUCAAGUGCGGCAAGCGCUUCAGCCAGUCCAGCCACCUGUACAAGCACUCCAAAACCACCUGCCUGCGCUGGCAGAACAGCAACAACCUGCCCAGCUCGCUGCUCUGAUCAGCCCGGCCCCUGCCGUCACCGCCACGGGUACAGUGGCCCUCCCCGGGAUCACAGCCUUCAGUUUCUCAGCACUGUCUUUACAUCAUGUGACUUUAGCUUAGAAGCUCCCAAAGUACCAAAGACAAAGGCUGUGACAUUCAGUUGGAUAAAAGCAAGGCACGCAUAUUCACUCUUGUCCGGUGCAACUUCCAGCACAAAAGAACAGAUGUGUAUCCAUUCAAGCUGAAUGAGCAACAGUGUUAGCAGGCUAGCAACACUCCCAGACCAGUAGUUACCAUACACUGUUACAUAACCAUAAGAAAGGUAAUGGUAGUUUUCUAAAAUAUAGCCUAGUUACAUUCUCACUAUAACCAGAUUAAUGUAAUGUGUUUGGAUGUCACAAAAAGUGUAUGUUGCCAAGCGAGUGCAUCUGCCAAAAAAAACCCAAAUCAAUUAAUUCAAGAAUUUCCAGGAAGUUCCAGCGUACAGCUGCCUUUUAUUUCAGCUGAACAGAUCAACAGAUCCUUUCAUAAUGUUUUGGAUGCUAAGAAACAGGGAGAUAACUUAGCCUGCUGGCACAGUGCCCCUGUCUCUCAAACAGCCCCCCUGAGAAAGCCUGCUGCUUUUUAUACACGUGGA